AUCAGGCGUGGCCAGUGCACCUGGCACUGCCCUAGCAGCCGGUUACUCCCCUCCGCAGCAGUCUCGUUCUGAAGUCCGGGUGCCGGUCCAGCAAGAUGUGGGUGUUUGGUUAUGGGUCCCUCAUUUGGAAGGUGGACUUCCCCUACCAGGACAAGCUGGUUGGUUACAUCACAAACUACAGCCGGCGCUUCUGGCAAGGCAGCACCGACCACCGCGGGGUCCCCGGCAAGCCUGGAAGAGUUGUGACCCUUGUUGAAGAUCCUGGGGGCAGUGUAUGGGGUGUUGCUUACAAACUACCAGUCGGGAAAGAAGAGGAAGUAAAAACAUACCUUGACUUCAGAGAGAAAGGAGGCUACAGAACUACAACAGUCAUUUUUUAUCCAAAAGAUUCCACAACAAAACCAUUCAGUGUUUUGCUCUACAUUGGAACAUGUGACAAUCCUAACUAUCUUGGACCCGCACCUCUGGAAGACAUUGCUGAACAAAUUUUUAAUGCAGCUGGUCCAAGUGGAAGAAAUACAGAAUAUCUUUUUGAACUUGCAGAUUCUAUUAGGAAACUUGUGCCAGAAGAUGCAGACGAGCAUCUCUUCUCUUUGGAAAAAUUAGUAAAGGAACGCUUAGAAGGAAAAUAGAACCUGAUUUGCACACACAGUCACCAACUCCCCCAAAAGAGGCAAGAGUUCUAGUCUUCAGAGAAUAACAUCAGUACAGAACAGCAGUAUGUUUUAGACAUUCUUACUUGAAGAUAUUACUAUUUAAUAUUGUAACUGAACUAUCACCUAAAUUUACAAUUUAUUUGCAAGUGUCCUAAAACAUAUUUAAAAGAUUUUUAUAAAGGAAAAAAAAAGUAUUCAUGUUGUACAAGUGAUUUCCUAAUUAUAUGACAUUUCAACAUUUGUUCAUUACAAAUAUAGGUCUUAACUUCCUGUUUCUAUUAGAAACAUGGUUACCAUGGUUUGUUGUAUAUAAGUUUAAAAUAAUGUUAUUAGAAAUAUAUAGUAAGAAGUAAGGUUCCAGCACUGAUUGUUAAUUUCCUCGUUACUUGGAGUUAAAUGAAGAUCAGAUUUAGACCAAAAGAAAUUGGAUUUUUUUUUUUAAUAUAAAUUGUUCCUUUGGAAUUAUAAUGUGCUUUCUUCUCCUUUGGGGUAAAAAGGUAUUUUAUUACAAAGAAAAACUCUACAUAGCUAUACAUAUAUCAAUCCACUAAUGAUAAUGAUAUUUACUUUGUAUUUAUCUCAUAAUGAAACUUUAAAAUAAAAGAUAGGUUUUUCUGGUGGAAACAUAAUAAAAACAGAUUUUAUAAUUAUAA